GUACUUUCUAUAUAUCAUACUCCAGCAUCCGCAGUUCCUUUCUACACACCCAUUGCAUUGUAGUCAGCUACUGGUAAAUAUUUGCACCUAGUUACGAUUUAAUCAGAACGCGUUCUGAAGAAAUACCGGUAGAAUAAAACGGGGAGCGAGUAUAAAGUCGGGAAGACGGGUUGCUUCUGGGGAAAGUGUCAUUGGGGAAAAACGCUACUUUGUGUUCCUUGGCAACAGUUGUGAGGCAGCUCUAACAAAAGCAGGAGUGAAAUCCCAGCCGUGUUUCCGUUCCUUUGUAUCACCAAACACCCCUUCGCGUUUUAACAAAAAAUACGGCGCGUAACAUUUACAUUUUCCUGGGAUUGUUAACUUUGCAAUAUUUGUUGGAGCGAGUGCGGUAUCUGGAGCAUACGCGAGUAAGUAAUGGAGAAAGCACAGUCCACAGCAGGGGUGUAUAUGGAGAGGACGCUGGCUCUCAUCAAACCCGACGCCAUCGACAAGGCGGGUGAAAUUGAAGAGAUCAUUCACCGCUCUGGCUUCACCAUUAUCCAGAAAAGGAAAGUCUGUUUAAGCCCGGAGGUGUGCAGUGAUAUUUAUGCAGCACAUUAUGGAAAAAUGUUCUUUCCCAGUUUAACAGCGUUCAUGAGUUCUGGGGCAAGUGUUGCCAUGGUUAUUGCCAGAGAUCAAGCUAUUGCAUAUUGGAAUGGGUUGAUUGGACCUGCAAAUAGUGUAAAGGCAAGAGAAACUCACCCUGUUAGUUUAAGAGCAUUAUAUGGGACGGAUGAUCUUAGGAACGCCGUACAUGGCAGUGGGACUUUUUCUGCAGCAGAGAGGGAAAUUCGGAUAAUCUUUCCUGAUGCUUCUAUUGAUCCAAUUCCCAACAGUCAAUCUGCAAUAAGUUACCUGAACAAGCAUGUAAUUCCUACUUUGUUGUCUGGCCUAAGUGAACUCUGCAAGAAGAAACCCACUAGUCCAAUUACCUGGCUUGCAGACUGGCUAAUUGCAAACAAUCUCAACAAGCCAAACAUCUGUGAGGAUUUUUUGGAUGAGCCCUAAAAUGGCUAUUCUGACAGUUUGGGUGAACAACAACUUCACUUCGAACAAAUAUUAACUGCAGGAGGAAUUUUACCAUCGCAGACGGAUGGCUUUGUGUUUUAAUACAUUCAACACAAUUGAUGCUGUUAACAUUUUAAUAUCAACUUUUGAUGUUGGCAACGAAUGGCAAAUGCAGAAAAAUCAUGAAGCAUUAAUGUCCCUCACUUGAUGACCCCCAAAGAAACCUGCUGAUAUUUAAUAAUAAUUUAUUUGUAUUAGAAUGUUUUACUCAAAAUCCAUUCGUUAGCAAGGUUAGAGAUUGCCAAGCUGAUCACUGUUGUGUUGGACUCGCCUAAUUGAUGGGGCGAGCUUGAUAUUCCUGUGAAGCUUUGCAAGCUGUAGCAACUUUUGAAGUAUAUUGAUUUGGUUUCUCCAUUUUCCUCAGAUGUUUUCUUCACUAUUUGUUAAAUGUUUACCUAAAUUAUGCUUGACAUAUAGAAACAAGGAACUGCAAACGCUGGUUUACGCAAAAGGACACAAGGUGAUGGAGUGACUCAGUGGGUCAAGUAGCAACU